AAAUAUUCAAGAAUUAGGUCACGGUCCGAUUGCAAGGAAGUUACCACACGGGUGUAUACACAGAUACGAUGCACGCCCUUCACUUACUAUAAAAGCACAGCGAUACUUGAGAAAAAGUAUCAGUUGUUCCAACAAAUCAACCGACUUCAACAUGAAACUGUUUAUCAUCGCCGCUGUCUUGGCUGUUGCCGUUGCUGCUCCUUCCAGCUACAAAACGGAGGAGAAGAAAUACGAAAAGGACUACAAAUACCCAGAGAUCGUCGUCACCAGCCAAUCUGAUGAGCGCAAUCUUGACGGAAGCAGCCAAUGGAACUACGCCCAAUCCGACUACGCUACCCGCGCCGAAUCCCAGGCCCAGAAGAAAUUCGUCGUCACCAAAGUCGAUGAUUACGGCAAAGAAACCAAAGAGGAAGUCUACGGUAACACCAACCAGGGAUCUUCUUACUGGGUUUCACCUGAAGGCGAGAAAUUCACUUUGACCUGGGUUGCUGAUGAUGCUGGAUUCCAGCCCAAGGGUGACCACUUGCCCGUCGCUCCCGUCCACGUCUACGAGCUCCCAGUUGCUCCAGUCCAUGAAUACGAACUCCCAGUCGCUCCCGUCCACGAAUACGAACUCCCCGUUGCCCCAGCUCUCCCAUACUCCCGCACCGGACCCGGCUAUUAAAUUAUUAAGUAAUUGUUUGUUCCUCAAUGUAUUCUAUGUGAUAUUAUAGAAUACUUUUGUACAAUAAAAAGCAAAAUAUCGACCAA